AAUAGCCGAGUUUAGGAAGUUGGCAGAAUUUGUAGCUCCUUUCUUUUUUUCCGUUCGCAGUAUUAGGAUUUUUACCUUCACCCCCGCCACCACAAAAAAAAGAAAUUCUCCGCCCACCCACCUCCCGUCUAAAAAAAAUUCCCAACAGCGGCAAAAAAAAUAGUGGCGGAAGCGCCGGGUUUGAGACAAAGGGAGUGGGGCUGCCUGCUCGAAGUGGGAUACUGGAACCGGGAAAAAGCGGAGAGGAUCUGGAAAAGAGAUUAGAUUUCGCUUCUCUCUCAUCAAUUUUAUGGUUAAUGUCAAGCGGCUCCAUUGUGGGAGAAGAGGCACGUCAGCCAGCCAUAAAUUUGAGAGCGGAGUGGCAGCGCAGAACGCAUCUGUUUGACCGAGUUCAUUCCCUCUUUUACUGUAUGGAGACAGGUAGAAUCCUGUUUGCACACCAAUCCUUAACAAAACAGAGGCAACCCGGGACAAAAUACAAACCGUGCAGAUAUUUACAACUGGGCUUUCUCUAGGAAACAGUCUCGAUCUGCCGCCUGCAUCGAUCGCCUUGAGGAUGGCAGGCUCGGCUGGCUGUGCAAGCGGACACUCAGAUGAGCUCAGAUCAGCCUGAAUCCCUCCCGGAGACCCGCCCGGAUUUGUGGAUCUUUACACUGGGGGUGAUCUCGGCUCCGUUAUGGACGGCAGGGAAUUCGCUCCUCCUCCCCACCUCCUGUCUCAUGCGCUCGGCGUGGAGGCAGCUAGGGAGCGCGGCGCCUUGGCGCACCGAGCCGUCGGACGGAUCGCCUCGACCGGCCACAGCACCGCACCGCACCCGGCUCACUUUCAACCUGCAAAAUACUUCCCAUCUCCGCUCCCCAUGGCUACACAUUCAGGCAACGCAUUGAUGGGAAAUUCAUCAGCCACGUUCAUGGGAAGUUUCCUAGCCAGCAGCUUGGGGUCAGCACCUGCUCAUCCUGCGGGACCCACGUCUUCCCCCUCGGAGCCCGCCUUUCGAAGUCCACACUCAGCGACAUCACAGAUCUGGUUUUCCCACUCCCACGAAGUCCCAGGAUAUUCCAGGUUUUCAAGCAGUUUGGCCUCCACUUUCCUUCCAAUGAGCCACCUGGAUCACCAUAGUAACGGCAACAAUGUACUUUAUGGCCAACACAGGUUCUAUGAUACGCAGAAAGAUGGUUUCUAUCUGAGGAAUUUACCUGGACAGCCAACCCUGCUCUCGACCAACCAUAGUUUUCCUUCAAUUUCCCGAGCCACACCCAGUCAUCCCAUUGGUUCCUGCAGCCGAGACAGAGAGAUGAGCCACUCCCACAAAACGAUCAAGGAAACUGACAGACUCCUGACCUCAAAGGAACCUAAUAAAGAAAGGAUGAGUAAAAAUGAAGCCAACUCAUUGAACAGUCAAAGAACACACAAGGAGAGACAUUCAGAAGACGAUGGAAAAGACAGGCAUAAAAUUGUGCUGCCUCUGACACCAGAUGUCAGAUGCAAAGAAGACAUAACAAAUAUGCAUAAUAGCAUGUGCGAGAACAGAAAUAAACACUUCAAUAGCUGUUUAACAAACUCCAAAGUUAUGAACGGAGAUUCCAAUAAGACUUUAUUAGCAAGCUGCACUAAUAUUGGUGGGAUUUUACCGAGGCAAAUGGACAUCCAUACCCCAGGCAGGUGUACCAAAGAAAGCUUAAGGUUUGAGAGGGAUUUCCGAGAAAACGGCCCAUCUGGACCAGUGCAUGUCGAGUGCUCAGAUAGUUGGCAAACCCCGCACCAUUCUGUUGCGUACUCUGUUCCUUCUUCCCUGUCCAACAUUCCUUCAUCAUCUAGCACAGCCUCUGGAACAUUCCCCUGUUUGCAGGUUCAUUCCAACUUAGACCUUUUUUACCCUACUCAAGAUAAGGCCAGCAGGGAGCUCAAGGUCACUGGUCCUACGUACGUGCCUUCAGUGGGACACUUCAGUGACAAAAGCCGACCAUUUCAAGUCACUGCAGAAAACUGCAAGGUCAACCGAAAUAUGGGGAAGGAGAAGACGCAUGACAAAAGCACAGAGAGGUCUGAUAUUGGGACUGUUCCUAAUUCGCACACAUCUCUGAAGCUCGAUGGUAAAGGAAUGGACUGGCCCCACAAUUCAGCCAUAAAAUCCAAACAACAGUGUGUUAGCAGCACUGGUGCACAGAUGGUGAUGCCAUUCACACCUCAGGCAGCCAAGGGCCCCUCAGGGAAAGGUAGCACUUACGUAAUGCCACAGUCUCAGGAUUGUUUCUGUUCGAAGGAGCUGGAGACAUGCUGUGCCAAACUUACCCAUUCCAGUUACAUGCUGGACCGGGAACAUGGCAGUGACGCACACGAGAAAGCUUCAAAAGAUUCACAGGGGCAGAAAGUGGCCAGGAUACGGCACCAGCACCAUAAGCUUCCUGAGGUGGAGCACAUAGCAAGUGGUUCGGAGAUAAAGAGAAGGCCACCAGAGCUCAGUUGUAUGAGCUACAAUGGAUCUCACAUACCAUCAUGGCAGAGUCCUCAGAUUCCAAUGGGCGAAGACAGGAAAAGUUCCUAUCUUGACCCUUUCAGUUCAAGUUUACAACAGGCAGCAAUGUUGUCACAAGGGUCUGUGCUCAACCAAGACAUGUUAGGUCAGACUGAUGAAGUCUCAGCCAUGAAGAGUCUACUAAAAUACAGCAGCUCAUUUCCCCCAGGCACACAGGCAUUGAUCGUUGGCCAGAAGACCCCUUUCGGAGGCCUGGGAAACAUCCGGGCCAGCUGUGUCCAUCAGGAGAUCAAAUUCCAAAGUGGGAAAUCGAACCUCGAUUUGGAGCGUCCAGACUGUGCCAAAGGAAGGGAAAGCGAGUCAUCUCAGGGUGACGGUGAGGUACGGCAGCCUCCAGUUGGCAUUGCAGUGGCUGUUGCAAGACAAAAAGACAACCAGAACAAGCAUGAUCUGCCUUGUAGUGCAGAGUCCAACAGACAGCACCGGCAUCUUCCCGGCUUAAAAGGAUCAUCACGCUCUGCCUAUGUCAUAGAUCUUGAAGCAGAGGAAGAAAACAAUCAUUUUCGUGAGGAAAGAAUGGGGCUGUCACGUUUAGACAGGGAAAGGGAUCAGCUACUUCGGGAAAACAAGGAACUUGUGGACUUUGCACGAAUCCGUCCAUCUAAUGGUUGUCCUGGAGACCUAAAUGCAAACCUGAUGGUCACUGGAGGGUCAUCUUUGCAAGCUAACCAACUAGGAUCUGAUCCCAAUGCACAUCCUCACCUUACGCCUCCACAUUGGCUUCCAAGGACAGGCAGCCCCUCAGUGUGGAUGGGUGGGCAUUCAUAUGGAAUCGGUCACCCAGCUCUGCAUUCAAAUCUACCACCUGGAUUCCCAGCAUCGAUGCCAAGUGCCAUGCAGACAGUAUUCCCACUCUCCCAAGAUCCCUCAGCCCAGCUUGUUAUCCUUCCCACUGAGCCACCAGCACCACACCCAACUCCUCAUCACCUCGCUGAAGUAAUGGAUCCUGCACAUUCUCUCUGGCCUCCUAUCUACCCGGCGAGAGCGCCCACAUCACAUAUGCAGCAUCCAGGACAGCUCUCGGUCUACCCUCGCUCCCCACUUCUUCGACAACAGGAACUCUACAUGCUGCAACAACAGCAACAACAACAGCAACAACAGCGGGCACAAGCACUUGAACUCCAACGGCACUCACAACUUGUGGAUCAUCGGAAGGCAGAUGAACGUCGGUUAGAAGCCGAAGAACAUACUCUGGAGAGGAAUAGGAGGUCAAACAAAGCAGUUUCCUUAAGCUCUCCCAAGAAUCUUUCUUCACCUGUCAUACUGCCAUCCAGUAUGUGUUCUGCCAAACUUUCACCAUGCCACCAUUCUCCAUCUCUUGGACCCAAGUCAGGGAGCCCCACCCCCCAGCCCAAUGCUGUGUGUGCUUUACCUUCUUGUCCUUCUUCAGAUCCUGCCACUGUCCCACAAUCCUCAGCAGUCAGCCCUCCUUCCCAGAAUUCCACAGAAAAUCAAACAGCUGAAAAGCGAGUGGAGAGACAACCACCUCAACAUUAUCCAGGAUCUUUUGAGCCAGAUCUCCCGCCUGGCUACACAUACACAGCCGUUGCAAUGGGCUACAGUUCCCCUUCUCCACUUGUGCACUCUGCUGAUCUAGCGGACCCUGAAACUAUGCAACCCGUCACCACGGCAGCUGAACCAGAGCAGUCCAGAACCUUUACGCCGGGUGAAAAAAUUCACUGUGAUACUCAGUCAAACCUGGCGGAGGAGGUAAACCCUACUGACAAACAGAUCACAACUAAUAACCUGGAUGUAGUAGAGCAAAAGAUGCAUAAAGUUCUCUGCACCUCAGAAAAAAAGGAUACAGUAAAUACAUUGCUAGCAGAGAAUUCAACUGUGGAGCAACUUGAGUCAUCUGUGAAAGAAAACAUGGAAUGCUCAAGGCAUUUGAUUGCUUCUCAGGGAAUUGUCACUGAUGGAGGACUUACAGGAGAAGAAGGAGGACAAGACAAUUCAGUGACCAAGUCACCUCACUCAACCAGUGAAUCCCGGACACUACCCGAUGAAACAUUGGAUGUAAGGAAUUCUGAUUGCUUGGGUUCAGUAGCUGAGAUGGACUUAAACCAGGAAUGCAGAAUAGUUGAAGAAGCCAAACAGGUGAAUCAAGAUGAGGAUUCAGAAACUAGCCACGAUGCCUCAGAGAGGGAUGAAGUGUUCAAAUGGAGGUUGGACUGCAUGGCAGGGAUGGACGCCCUCGUGGCUGCUGGCCUCAGCAUGGGUGAGCUCUUUGGUUUAGAGCCUGAGGUUCCCAGUGCCCCCAUAGCACCUUCAUUCCCUACAACCUCAACCUAUUACCCCGGCUCAGGGAUGCAUGGAAUAGCUCUGCUGAGUGAACUGGCUGAACUCGAAAGGCAGCGACAGAGCUAUGAUGGCACGAGUCAAGGGGAGGAUGAGGCUAUACUUACUCAUGACCUCCAGAGCCUCGCAACUAUUGCUGCUGCCCGUUCAUUGGUGGAGGCAGUACCACUUGAAAUGGAUGAUCCGCAAACUGACUUAGGGUCAAGCAGAUCUUAUGUAGUGCGGAUCCCAAGGGUGCUGAAUCUACGGCGGAAGUACUCAUGGAGUCCAAAGGCAGAGACGGUUUGUCCUCUAAAGGUUGCAAUUGAUGGAAUGGACACACAGGAGCUGGAAAUGAGAAUGAAACUAGCUGAACUACAGCGUCGCUACAAGGAAAAGCAACGAGAACUAGCCAAACUACAAAGAAGACAUGAUCAUGAGAGAGAUGAAAACUCAAGAAGCCCAGCAAGGAGAGGACCUGGGCGACCAAGAAAACGCAAACAUCUUUCCACGGUUCUUUCGUCUCUUGGACAGCUUAGUGAACUGGAGAAAUGUGACAGCAAAAAAGCUAAAUCCAUAAGGACAGGCCUGAGCCUCCUCUGUGAGGAACUGAGGAAUGAAGGGGAGCCCAAGAAGAAGAAAUGCAAACUUCCUGGGAGGGAAAGUAAGGAACAGGAGUACAGUGGAAAUAAGACUGGGUCAGAGAUGAAACCAAAAGCGAAAAAGGACACUCCUCAGACCAACCUCACAUCUAAGUUGGGAAAGUACAGCUCAAGGCCAAAGCAAAAGGUAUUGGGUAAAGCUGCAAAUAAAUCACACACAACAGCCAUUCUGAAAUCAGCCAACACCAGCCAUUUUAGGGGGAAAACAACAGCCCUGCCUGGCAAGAUUCAGAAACAACUGGGAAAAGCAAAGACCGCCUCAAUCCCACACAGCCAAGAGAGAGCCAAGCAUAGUACAGCAACUUCUGAAAAGGCCUCAAAAAUAGAAUCAGGCGAAGAAGAUGGUUUAUCGACUAGUAAAGUUCCUUUUUCAAAAAGUAAAGCAGCUCAGAAGACUAACUCCGACAUGAAAAAGAAACCCGGAAUUCAACCAAAGAGACGGGCUGUUGGAGUCAAAGUGCAGAAAGCCACCAAUAAGAAGCAGAAACAGGAAGCUCAGGCAUUAGUGACUGAAAAGGAAUGGAUGUCCACAGAGAGUGAUGGCUUCUCUUCAGAUGCUGGUCAGCUAAUUUCUGAUAUGAGUGAAGAUGACAACAACUAUAACAGUGCUGAUGGCAGUGAUGCCAUCACUGAACUGCCAAUCAAAGACUCCAACCCGGGACUGCGCACAGAGUACUCAGCAAGUCUCACUGCAACCGACAUUGGUCCAUCACCUUCCUCUGUUGUGAAGCUGGAAGCCAAUCAAAAAGCAAAGAAAAAGAAGGAAAGGCAAGGCCUCCUCGGAACUCUUGGAUUUUCCAGCGCAGAUGGAGAUGUGAAGAUUAAAAAACGCCCUGCCAAGCAUGGCCUGGAAUCUAGCAAUGCAGUUAAAAAGACCGAGAAGCUGCCGGCCAUGAAGAAAAAAGCACUGAAAGCAGGGGAAAAGAAUAAGAAGAUGAAGAACUCCAAGGGGCCAGCGGAGGUGACGAUUUGGCACCAUUUUGAAUCUGAUCUGCGGCCCCUGCUGCAUGAUGGGAGAUUACUUCCUGGCGGUUCUUCUGUACCUGCAAAAUUGGCAUCUAGAAGGCAAACCAGGAAAGGUUCUGCCAAUAGAUGUAAAAAUGUCACCAGGAAAAACAAAGUGCUGCAAGCUACUUUUAAGAAAUCAAGUGGACUAUGCCUCUCUCAAAAAAGAGCAAACCCCACUGACCAUAAUCGGAACAGACUGAACAAACUAAAGAGCAAGCUGCCAGUGAAAGAGUCAAAGGGACGAGCUGUCAGCAAACUAUUGGAAAGCUUCGCUGCAGAGGAUGAUUUUGCAUUUGAUGAAGACAGCAGCUUUUCUGAGGAAGAUGAGAAUGCAUCUGUGAGCUGUUCGGCAGAUUUGUGCGUCCCUCAAUCCUGUACCAUCAGUAAAGAAGAUCUCAAGGAAGGACUGCGCAUUCUCAUACCAAAGGAAGACAAAUUACUGUAUGCAGGAUGUGUCAAAAUUCUACAAUCACCUGACAUUUACAGUGUUGUGAUUGAAGGAGAAAGAGGAAACCGACAGAGAAUCUAUUCCCUGGAGCAACUGCUGCAGGAAGCGGUACUUGAUGUCAAACCAUCCUCAACACAGUUCCUGCCGCCAUCUACCAGGGUGUGUGCUUACUGGAGUCAGAAAUCCCGCUGCCUCUAUCCAGGAACCAUCAUCCAAACAGGUAGUAGCAGUGAAGAGGAAGAAGAGGAGGAUGCAAGUGAUUUUGUCACGGUGGAGUUUGAUGAUGGUGACGUGGGGCGAAUUUCUCUGUCAAAUAUCCGUCUCCUCCCUCCAGAUUAUAAAAUCCAGUGUACAGAGCCUUCCCCUGCACUGCUGGUAUCUAAUGGGAGACUCCGGGUUAGGAAGUUGCCCAGUGAGAAGCGAGAAAUUGCAGAAAGCAGCCAGAACCACACAUUGAAUGGGAAAAAUUCUUCAGAAUUAAGCAAAAGCUCUGGCAAGAAGACGUCAGUAAAAGGGAAAGCUGGUAAAGGAGUUUUGAAUACCGAAGUUUCAACGUUGCUGAAAGCUGGGCACAUGCUCAGUAAAAAGACAGAUGUACUGAUAAAUUGGCCAGGGAUCAUCCAGACAAAGAAAAGGAAUUCCAGUAAGAGUACGACUGCUUUAGAAAAUCUGUUUCAAUUGAAUGGCAGCACAAAGAGAAUGAGGGGUAAAGAACGGUUCCUUCCAGUGCAAGGCCUUCCUCCUCCAAUUUUUAGUGGCGGCUUUGAAGUCGACUCUUUCAGCAGCAUUGCCAACACCUUUGCUUCCUUUGGAAGCAGUUCAAGUCUUGCACCUAAUCCUAAGGCCCUAAAGUACAGAAGAGUGGAAAAAAUGGAUGUAUCAGUUCCAAAAGGUGGUAAGAGAAAAACAGGAGCAGAAUAUCUGGUUAAACUAGAUCAUGAAGGCGUGACAUCUCCGAAAACAAAAAAUGGAAAAGCCUUGCUCAUGAGCGAGAAGGAAUUUGGAGGAAAAGUUGCCACUGGCUACUCCCAGCUGAGCAAGGAGCGAAACGGAAGGAUUGAACUUCUGAAAGGAAAGCAUGCUCAACUUCAGAACCUUCCUAUGAGCUUAGCAAUGAAUGAAUAUACUGGUCAGUCAGAGUUUGGCAUGGAUUGUGACACUGACAGCCAUAGUUCGUACUCUUAUGAUGAGGAAGAAAAUAGAAACUUGCAACAGAGUGUUACAUCGAGAUUUAUGACUAGGCUGUCUGUCUCUUCAUCAUCUUCUGCAUCGUCAUCAUCUUCAACAUCUGGUUCUACCUCCACUUCCAGCUUGUGUUCAUCAGACAAUGACGAUUCAUCCUAUAGCUCUGAUGAUGAUUCUACAGUCUUGCUGCAGACUUGUAUGACACACCCUGUGCCUGCAAUGCUGACCCCCUCAGACCCACGACAAACAGAGCCAAAAAUGUCGCCACCCUCCUUCUCAGUCAAGUCUGUGAUGCCUGCGAAUAAGAUCAAAUUAAAAAGACAGGAAGAAUUCCGACUUCAAAAGGCCAAGGAGUUAUCAAAGAGACAGAGAUUACCAUCAGUGGAAAAUCGCCCGAAAAUCUCCUCCUUUCUCCCAGCUCGACAGCUCUGGAAGUGGUCUGGGAAGCCAACUCAGAGACGAGGGAUGAAAGGCAAAGCAAAGAAACUUUACUAUAAAGCCAUUGUGAGAGGGAAGGAGACAAUUUGUGUCGGCGAUUGCGCAGUGUUCCUCUCUGUUGGACGCCCAAAUCUUCCGUACAUUGGCCGGAUUGAAAGCAUGUGGGAAUCCUGGGGAAGCAACAUGGUGGUUAAAGUGAAAUGGUUUUAUCAUCCCGAGGAAACAAAAUUGGGCAAAAAAUGCAAUGAUGGCAAGAAAGCAUUGUACCAAUCUUGUCACGAAGAUGAAAACGAUGUACAGACUAUCUCCCAUAAGUGUCAGGUGGUCAGUUUGGAGCACUAUGAACAAAUGAUAAAAACCAAGAAGUACCAAGACAGCCAGGACCUUUACUAUCUGGCAGGAACGUACGACCCUACAAUAGGCAGAAUCCUUAAUGCAGAUGGAGUGCCAAGUCUCUGUUAAAAACAAAAUGUAUGAAUUAAUGUAAAGUCUGGAUUUGCACCACACUAACAGGGAUUGAGAAACCAUUCUGAUUUAUUAAAAAAAACUAACUAACCCAAUGAACUUUUCAAAUGAUGCAAGAUGGACAGGAUCUGGAAACUUGUUAUCAAUACUUUGAGGCUCACAUGUAGUCCUGGAAUCAUUAGCAGUGAUCUCUUAAGUGGUUUGCAAAAUGGUUUUUUUUUGGAUACAUAACAAUUAAGCAGCAUGGUUUUUGGAUGCAAAAGAACUAAGCCUUUCUGGGGAUCAGUAAUACUGGAUUUACCAAAGUGGAACACUUAGGGCAUCAAGUAGGCUGGAAUUUCAAUGCAUGACUUCAAGGCAUCACUGGGUCGACCAGGCUGAAUUUGCACACGAGAGCCUCAAACAAUGGGGAAGCAAGGUUUUAGAGGUGAGCGCUGGGCCUCAAAGAAUCAAUGAAGCUGGAAUGGACGCAUGGGAACUGGACCUUGAUGAGAGCAGGUUUCAACCAUGGGUCAGACAGCAUGGAAUUUAUUUCAGUGUGUGAGUGGGCGUGUGUGUGCGUGUGCAAGUGUGUAUGUGUGCGGGCGAGUGUGUAUGUAGAUUGGAGAAAGAAGAAAAAUGAGCAUCAUACAAGCCAUACACUCCCAGUACCUCUGUCUGCUUUCGACUUUGCAAAGCAGAAUCAGGUCGAACAUGUUUUUGUUGUUACUUUGUUUCCUGGAGAGUUUUGUAAAAACCCAGGAUUUUUUUUUAAUGCAGUGCAUUACUCAGCUCAGCUGAGGCUGCUUGUUAGCUGGAACUUCUGAAGAAAACAAAGAAAGGGAAAAAAAAGACUUGACUUUGAAGAAGACUGUUUUCUUACCUAAGACAGUUUGUGGCAUCAUUCUGUCAGACUAAUUCUAACCUCUUAACUGAACAGUAGUUGAGCGAUUCGCUCUGUGGAUUAAAUGUUCCCUUUUUUAAAAGUGAUGGGUGGAGAGAAUUAUAAUCCCUAUUGCUGAAUAUUGUAUAGAAUUCUGCACACAUUUAGGGAAUGGUCAGCCAUGUUUGUUCCCUCACUGUUGCACAGAUGUUAAAGAGACAGUCUCCCUUUUAGUGGCUUAUGCGGGCUAUGUAUAAAAAGCUUCUAAGACUGAUACAAAGAGCAAUUCCACAUGAAAUAAUGUGGUCAACACUUUGAAGAGAAUCUUCUCGUAGUACACCUGUUACUUUCUGUCACCUGUAAACAAUGGAAAUAUUACUAUUGGAAGUGGAAGAUAAGACUAAAACAUACUAAUGGAUUACAAUAGAACUCUGAAGGCUAAGGCUGCAUCUGUUUUGCUGAAAUGACUCAUAAGGCAUUACAAUUUUUCAUAAACAUCUAUUUCAUCUAUCCAGUUUAUAAAGAUUUUUUGAAACUAUAAUUGGGAAGAAGUCCCACCCAUGAGUCAUAGAGAAGUUAAACUAUAGAAAGUAAGCCAUGUUGAUUGGAAAAGUCAAAGUCUUUGGAUUGCUUUAGUUGCUAUUUUAAACAAGCAUUAUGGAAAGACAGCCAGAAGAUCCUUUAAAACCACAGUGUUCCCUAAUAUAUCACCCGUGGACCUAUGGCUAGGGUUGUUCCAGCUUCUCUUUGUGUUCUCCUUUACAUCAGAUGCCUCGGAGGUACCAAUAGACUUCCUUACUCAUGGUGGAGAUCAUUGUCCCCUGAAUUAAGAUCUGAAGGUGGUUAGAUUUCUAAAACAUGUCAAAGUUGAUCACAAACUCUUUUGACAUAAAUAGGCGAACUCAUGAGGAACAGGGCUAUGGUGAGCUGUAAAUCAUUGCAAUAGUUACAAAUGCUAAUCAAAUAUCAAAGUUCCCUAUUUAUCCAUUUAUGAUCCAAGUAUAAUAACUAAGGAACAGAAGGUGUAGCUGAGUGUGUGUAACCUUGGCAAUUAUUAGGCGACACAUUUGUCAUUUUUACUUGCUGCUUUAUUCCAUACCUGCAAGCCCACUACUGUCAAAAACCGUGACUCGAGGUUUACCUAUUCCUGUUCUACCAAAGUGUGACUUUAUGUCAAUUCACUUUAUGGGGCAUAUAAUCACAUACAUAUUAUAUCAGGGAGCAUAAAAGCAGAAAACUCUAAACUGGAAGUCUGUACCAGAGAGUAACAGAAAGUUGAAAAACUAAAUCUGAAAUUUGAAACACGAAUAUGCAGCAAUAUUGUUGUAUUCCUAGCUGAUGUUACUAUCCAACAAUCCAGAUCACAAACUCAAAUUUGGCUUAAUAUGUUUUAAUGAAAAUCAAACGCACAAUUCUGCAGAUUCAGGUUUAACAAUGAAAGAAAUUUAUUAUACAAAAUAAAUUAAGAUAAAAUAGAAUACAGUCAUAAUAAUUAGAAACAACACAAGCUUAAAGAGUUUGAAACAAUAACAAUACAAUUCCACUAAUCCUGAAAGCAUUACUUUACAGUACUCACGUGACAGAGAAUAUCCUUAUCUUUUACAUUCAUAGGGCUUAAUUUGAUUGUGGCUUCAAUUCCCUAUCUUGAACAUCUGAUUGCCUCUACCUGGAUCCCUCAUACAACAGAACAUAGAUUUACACUAAAACAAAAGAGAAGGAACUGUUGGUGCUGAAACAAAAACAGAAAUUGCUGGAAAAAUUUAGUUCUGAAGAAGGGUCAUUGGAUCCAAAACAUUAACUCUCCUCUCUGUCCACAGAUGUUGCCAGACCUGCUGAGUUCUUCCAGAAAUUUCCAGUUUUGGUUUUGAGCUUAGACUUUCUUGGCUUUAAAUAACUUCUUCAAUGUUGUAACUAGACAUUUCUAGUCUGUAGCAUUAAAACAUUACAAUUGGUUACCUCAGUGUAAGGAGUUUUGUUUUCAUAGAAUCAUCGGGAUUCUAUGAUCUGUGAAGACAAAACUCCUGACACUUAGGUAACCUAUUUCCUCAUGUUAUAAACUAUCUUCUUUCUUUAGCAGCAACUGUGUUACACAUCUAGUUCUAGCCAAGACUUCUACAAUAC